CCCGAUUAAGAUGCCUGAAGCGGCAGGUGGGCAAGCGCGGAUCGAGCCUAUCAUUCAGGCCUUUCAUCUGUUUUCAGCUCGACACGGUGUCGUGCUCGGGGUGUUCAUACCCACUGUGACCGCUGGAGCCGCACCACUGUUACCAGCCCUCGGAUACAGUGUCUGUAAUCAUGCAUAAGUGGAAGCGCCCUGCUUGCCACUAGAAUUCGUUCAAACGUGACGGUAAUCCCGGUAACCAGGCUCACCGCCUAAUGGAUCCCCUCCCAUUCCGCCCGUGUAUAGUGACCUCCACUCCUUUCCACAGGACGGAGGGGAGAGCGUGGUUAGGUGGGCACGCAUUUUGAGACAAGAGAAGCAGAGGGUUGAAUCCACUCUGUCUAUCUCUCAAGCGCGAGGACACUUUCCCAUCGCCACUUUAAUUAUUUUUGCUCCAUCAUCCCAUGUGGCCGGGACCUUCGAUGCCCCUUCGUAUGAGCUCCAGUAGGAGGUCUGAUCCAUGGAAAGGACAUAGCUGGCGGCCCCGCCGACCCAAUAAGACGCGAGAAAAGCUACUCCGU